CUGAAGGACAUCUACUACAAGGUCCGGUGCGUGCUGAUGCCCAUGCCCUCUCUGGGCUACAACCGGCAGGUGGUGCGGGACAACCCGGACUUCUGGGGCCCUCUGGCUGUGGUCCUUCUGUUCUCCAUGAUCUCCAUCUACGGACAGUUCAGGGUUUCUUACGGCCAGGUUCUGGGGGUGAUCGGGUACUCGCUCCUGCCGCUGAUCGUCAUAGCCCCACUGCUCCUGGUGAUUGGAGGAUUUGAAGUGGUGUCGACACUAAUCAAAGACAUCUACUACAAGGUCCGGUGCGUGCUGAUGCCCAUGCCCUCUCUGGGCUAUAACCGGCAGGUGGUGCGGGACAACCCGGACUUCUGGGGCCCUCUGGCUGUGGUCCUUCUGUUCUCCAUGAUCUCCAUCUACGGACAGUUCAGGGAUGGCGUGGUGCAGCUAAAACCAUCUUCUGCUCUCUGUGAACAGGUCGUGUCUUGGAUCAUCACCAUCUGGAUAUUUGGAUCUCUAACUAUUUUCUUGCUGGCCCGCGUUCUGGGCGGGGAGGUGAGUGGUGAGAGUGGUGGUCUUUUGGGCAGGUUUCUUACGGCCAGGUUCUGGGGGUGA